GUUUCCAGCGGAGUGAAUGUCAGAUUGCACCGUUUGGGGACCGUGACGUGGUGAUUGGUCACUUUAAGUUCAUGUUAAAAACUGUUAAGUUAGCGCUAACUAUACUGUGACUGGGUUAGUGGACGUGUUUCGUACAUACCUACGAGUUUUAUUUCAAUACGGAAUUGGACUUUUUCUGUCUGUUUUGAUUGGAAUCAGACGGUUUGCGAUAGUUUUAGCUGACUAUCAGGACUGUGUAACUGACACACGAACCGGUGGCAAUAUGAAGCUCUACAGUCUCAGCAUCCUCUACAAAGGAGCGACCAAAUCCAAUCUUCUCAAAGCGGCCUACGACCUGUCCUCCUUCAGUUUCUUUCAGCGCUCCAGCAUUCAGGAGUUCAUGACCUUCACCAGUGCCUUGAUUGUCGAACGAACAUCUCAAGGAACCCGUGCCUCCGUCAAAGAACAAGAGUACCUGUGCCAUGUGUAUGUGAGAAAUGACAAUUUGGGUGCUGUAGUCAUCGCAGAUACUGAAUAUCCACAGAGAGUCUGUUUCACAUUGCUUGACAAGGUAUUAGAGGAGUUCUCUAGGCAAGUGGACAGUAUAGACUGGCCCUCUGGUAAUCCUGACACCAUUAACUACAAAGCCCUUGACAUUCACCUCUCUAAAUACCAGAACCCCAGGGAAGCUGAUGCAAUGACCAAAGUGCAGGCAGAGCUGGAUGAGACAAAGAUCAUUUUGCACAACACCAUGGAAAGUCUGUUGGAAAGAGGAGAGAAACUGGACGAUCUUGUGGCAAAGUCAGAGCAUCUGGGAAACCAGUCUAAAGCCUUCUACAAGACUGCACGGAAACAGAACUCUUGCUGUGAAAUCAUGUGAUGUCGCUGCCUCGUCCUUCUUGGACAUGCCUCUCUAUCUCUGCCUUUCUGCUUUUCCUACAACUCCCAUCAUCCACCUGCCACCAGCUCUCAACCAAGACAGUUCAGAGGCCGUCAAAUCCAAGAUGGGACACCGAGAAGAGAGCAAGAAAGGAUGGCCAGUCUGAAAUGCGACCUCUGCGGAUUGUGACUGAUGGGGGCUGAAGGAGUGAUGGGGUUUGGUCAGGGGGAAAAAGUAACAUGAAUUAUUUUUAACCAUUGAAAAGUUAAACAUCUGUGCAGUUUUUCAGUACCAGCCGAAGACAUUAGUGUGACGUCAUGUAUUGGUGAUGUGUCGUUAAAAUGUCUUCAAACCAUUUAAUGUUAUUUCGAUUGAAUCAGAUCUUAAUAGUCUGGUCUCCACUCUUAAAAUUUGAAGGAGUAUUAACCAUGGUUGUGCUGCUGCUUUAUGGCAACUCUGACAAUCUCACAGUCUUAUCUCUGUUCAUUCAGCGUGUCCGCAUUGCAGUUCAGUCCUUCUCUGCCCACAAGGUGGCCCUGCUCAUUUACUUUAUGGUUUCAUGAACCUCAGUGCUGAGGUCAGUAGAAAUACUCUAAUAUGAGCCAAGACAGCAGAUGGCUGUUUUGACAUGUGAUAUCUGCUUAAACAGAGAUUUUUAAAUUUCUCUUCUGUACAGGGUUCGGUUACAUAAUUUCUUUGCUGUCGUUAACAUUCCCACUUUGGAUAACUGCGUUAUUAAGUAAUGAUGAAAAUGCUUGAAGCUAAUGAGAAGUUGGAGAUUAGAUGUAAAAUGUAUAACGAUGUUUGCCAUAGAUGCAGCCUUAUUGCAGUGUGGCUAACAUGAAACCCGCUGCCGUGUUUGCGCUCAUUUACGAUGUGUACCGUAGCCAUGCUUUCCAUACUGAUAUUCCCCAUACGACACUUAAUCAGGUUUUUGUGUUCGGACGGCUUGUACCUCUGUCUGUAAUCCCUCUGGGAUUGCUGGCAUUUUACCACCGUUUUUUUGGGGGGGGGUUUUGACAACGGUGAUUCUGGGUAACCUCAGGUGCUCUUGCACUCUGCCCUCUUGUGUGCUGGUCAAGUUUCGAUUAAGUUUAAAGAGAGAACAAACAAGUGUUGACUAAUAUCUUAGACCCCACUUACUUUAAGACACUCCAUGACCGACGCUGUUUGACUAGAGGAGCUUUAUUUUUUUCCUUUGGUGGUAGGGGUAGAAAGUUCAUUCUUCAGGAAGAUAUGCCUUUGGUUGUGCAUUUUAGAUGUUUCUCCACGCUCUUGUCUGUUGUAUGUGUGUGUCUGUGUGAGUGAUUUUUGUGACAUAUACCAUCCGGCUUCAGGCUCUAUUAAUGCUGAGUGCCUGUGUGUGUGUAUAUGCUCGGAGGUUUGUAUGUGUGAUCUGGAGUUGCUCUUUCUGCUUUUACAGUGUAAACUUUUGUGCAAUAUCUGCAGACUGUUGGUGUGACUCUCUUUAAUGGAGAGAAAAACAAAUAUUUCUCAUAAAUUAACCUUUGUGUAUACUUAUGACUAAUUCCCAUAUGAAGUUUGUACAGGGUUGUUUCUGGCAGAUUUGCUGAAUAUCUUUUUUUUUUUUUUUUUCCCACAAUUUUCCAAUUAACAAGUUGAAUUUGAUUGUCUGUCUGAUGUGUGGAGUUAUGCUGUGGCUAUUUGCAGGUCAGGUCUUACUCUGACCAGUGUAUUAAAUGGUCUGCAUUAAACAUACUUUGAUCAAGAUGUGGUCUUCAAAUUCAAAACGGAGACUUCUGAUAAUAAAUGAGUUUUCUGUCUGUGUUAACGUUUUGUUUUUGGAACACUGACUUGUUCAUACACUGUUUGCAGAACAUGUAAUCUUGCUUAGAUAAAAAGCAGAGUGUUUUUCUGUG